AUGAGCAGCGUAAUCAGAGUGUGCGUAAGCUGCGUAUGCCCAGCUUCGGCUUGCCCCCAUGUUGCCGGGAGUCCGCUCUGGGCUCCGGUGCUGCCUCUGGACGCGAAAGGUGUGCAGCUCGAGGUCCCUAAGCUGGUCCGGCCGACUGACAGCUUCGAGGUGCACGAUCCGCUGGUGACGUCGCUGCGGCGGCCCGUGAGAGUGAGCGAGCUCGUGCAGAGGGACUUCGAGGAGCUGAGCGCCGCGGGGUGCUUGUCUGCACCUUGCCCAAAGCCCGGACUGGCUCCAUGUGGUACCGCGUGGCAAGCGUUGCUGCAGAGCGCAUGCGUGCAUUCACUGCGCUGGUCGCAAGAGGUCAAGGUUCGGGUCUAUUGCUGCGGAUGCCCGUUGAAGCACACCGUCCACUUCAACGGGGAAGCGCUUGGCCUGUACGCGUGGAGCAGAGCCAUCAUCGUCAGGCAAGAGACUUGCCAGCUCCUGCUCCGUUCGGUUCAAGGGAUAGGAUCAGCGUUCAGCGCCCUGAUCAGUGCACAGAAGGCGGUCCGGGGGCUCUUCUCGCCGGGGGCCGCUCCCCUCCUCAGCGAGGAGUCAUGGCGAAAGGUUUGCUUGGCCUUCUUCCGGCUGUGUGGGCGGAGCAUCCUCGAGUGCUGCAGCCUUUACGGGCCUCACCCAGACGUUUUGGUCUGCAAUGGUAUCGCCGGGCUAGCGUGCGCGGAUGGUAGCAGAUCGAAGGGGGGGCUCGCGGGGACGGCGGCAAGCGAACUCCGGCCUUUCACAGCUCCGAGCCGGAACGGUUUCGGGGAGAACGUCGUGAAGCACAUGGAAGCCGCGCGACUGCGGCUGGAGGGGCGGGGGCUGAAGCGGCGCUUGAUCCACCAGCCGGAACUGCGGGCUCUAUUGGCGCGCUACAGCCAACAUCAUCCAAAGGACCCGGAUCUUGGGGCGCAGUUGAGCGAGGGUGAAUUUCAUGAGCUGUUGGUUGCGCUGGAUCGCGAUGACGUGGAGCUCGUCUCCGAGUUUGUCCCCGACCCCGACAAUGCGGAUGCCGAGCCCGUCCUGCUUCACUGGAGGAGGCGCCUUCUGCAGGAGCAGAUCGGGCAGAUCCGAUCGAAGAACCGAGCUGCACGGCUGCUGUUGGAGGGGAUCCGGGGGGAGACCCUUGCUGCGCUGGGCGCCAACCCCCGUGGAGUGCGUUCGCCGCGAAAGUGGUGGGCGGAACUGCUCUACGCUUUGGGGACCCCCCAGUCUGUUGCAGACGACAGCAACCUGAUCCAGCAUGGGGCGGCGCUGGCUGUUGUUCGGACGAUCCUUCUGGGGGGUUCAGCAGACGAGGGGGGAAAGGCCGUGCUGGCUGAGCAUGCGCCCAUCCUUCGUCGGUUGCUGGAUAGCUACGAUGGAGUGUUUCCGGCCUUCUUUCUGCCCACGCUCCACCACUUGUACCGGCUGACGCUGUUUGGACGCGGGGCAGUCGGGCUGGGGGUUGGUCGAGCCGGGUGGGCGCUGUCUGCUAUCGAGGGGUUGGAUGCCUGCGUUUGGCUGCUGCAGUUGCGACGGGACGUCCAAGGGUCUUGGAACGAGGAGCGAGACGAGAGCUACACCUUCUGGAGAGAGAGAGCGAACAGACUGCUUCCCGGUGUCGAGGCUUUGCAGCCACCGAACCCCUCCGUGUAUGCUCUUAACCAAGCCGAGCGCGAGCUGCUGCACAAUCGGCUAGGGCUCUCCGGAAACGGACGGCUUCUCGAAGCGCUCCCCAAAGACCAUCCGUACUGCCGGGAGCAGAACGUGCUCGGCUGUUAUCCCCUCCCCGGUUGGGAGCAGAAACGGCCUCUGCCCCAGUACAAGCCGUUUGAGGACGAGCUCGGUCGGGCAGUCGAGAGCAGCGAGGAGCACCGCUGUAAGAGCAGUCUCACCGUGGCUGAGUAUGAUACAAAGGUUGCGAAAGCCAAAAGUCAAAAGGCGGGCAAGCGGCUGCAGAAGCAUACGGCGAAGGGGGGAUUUGUGUUCGUGUGCCCCCACAGAGUGAUCUACGGCUUCCACGCCAUGCUUCGGGGAGAGUCUCCUCGUGAUCCGUUCGCGGUGUUGUACACCCGCCUCCAUCGGCACAAUCUGCCUUCCGUUUUGUUCUACGACAACGCCUGCAAGCUGCGCGCGUACAGUAUGCGCCGAGAGCCUGGGUUCUUUGCUGACGUCCGGUUCCUCUGUGACCGGUGA